CCUCUCUCUUCCUCUCCCUGAAUUUUCUCCUCUCCUCUCAGGUCAGUCCAUGGUAUUCCGCUCCCCCCUAGACCUCUAUUCCUCCCACUUCUUGUUGCCAAACUUCGCCGAUUCUCACUGCUCCCUACUUCUGGCGAGUAGCCGCGGCCGGAGCGGUGCGGGCGGCGGCGGCGGCGGCGGNGGCGGCGGCGGCGGCGGGAACCGUGCGGGAGGCGGAGGUGCUGGCGGAGCAGGCGGCGGCGGCGGCGGCGGCGGCUCCAAGGCCCCCCCGGAAGAGUUGUCCAUGUUCCAGCUGCCCACCCUCAACUUCUCGCCGGAGCAGGUGGCCAGCGUCUGCGAGACGCUGGAGGAGACGGGCGACAUCGAGCGGCUGGGCCGCUUCCUCUGGUCGCUGCCCGUGGCCCCCGGGGCGUGCGAGGCCAUCAACAAACAUGAGUCGAUCCUGCGCGCGCGCGCCGUGGUUGCCUUCCACACCGGCAACUUCCGCGACCUGUACCACAUCCUGGAGAACCACAAGUUCACCAAGGAGUCUCACGGCAAGCUGCAGGCCAUGUGGCUCGAGGCGCAUUACCAGGAGGCCGAGAAGCUGCGUGGCCGCCCACUCGGCCCGGUGGACAAGUACCGCGUGCGCAAGAAGUUCCCGCUGCCGCGCACCAUCUGGGACGGCGAACAGAAGACUCAUUGCUUCAAGGAGCGGACUCGGAGCCUGCUGCGGGAGUGGUACCUGCAGGACCCCUACCCCAACCCCAGCAAGAAACGCGAACUGGCGCAGGCCACCGGCCUCACUCCCACACAAGUAGGCAACUGGUUUAAGAACCGGCGGCAGCGCGAUCGCGCCGCAGCAGCCAAGAACAGGCUCCAGCACCAGGCCAUCGGACCGAGCGGCAUGCGCUCGCUGACCGAGCCCGGCUGCCCCACGCACGGCUCGGCAGAGUCGCCGUCCACGGCGGCCAGCCCGACCACCAGUGUGUCCAGCCUGACGGAGCGCGCGGACACCGGCACCUCCAUCCUCUCGGUAACCUCCAGCGAUUCGGAGUGUGAUGUAUGAUAGCCAAGGCCGCCCUCCUCCCCCUCCUUCUCCUCCUCCCUCUCCGGCUUCCCCUCCUCCUCCUAGCCCUCCUCCUCUUCCUCCUCUUCUACUCCAUCCCUAGAACAAACCGAAAUCAGGAUACACAAUCAUAAACACACGAGUCCACACACACUCCCACCCCAGCCAAAUAUAUAUAUAUAUAUAAGCCAAGAAAAAUAACAAAUUAACCGCAAACCAUCAACAAUCCCCCAUCAUCUACCACCAAGGCCACCCCAAAGGACCUCGACCCGCCUACAGACAGUCACAAACGCUGAUGUUGUGGACAGAAAACAUAAAGGAGGUGACAACUGAAUACUUUCUAGGACAAGCACAGCUUCUCCUUCUGGUUGCCACGGACCGGGCACCCCACCUGCAUGACGAUUUAUUUGUAUCUGGGAAAAUAUUCUCUCUAGUUUCAAAUGAUUUAAAGAGUUCGACUAUACAAAAACAAAACAAAACAAAAACAAAAAAACAAACAAAAAACCACCACGAUGACAAGACGACAAAAGCAAAACAGACAAAAGGAAAAAAAAAUCUCCGCCAUCUCCUUUUGGAAUUUGUUUAAAAAAGAAAGAAAAACUCCUCGAGAGAAAUAGCAGAUGUUUCUUGCCUUUUGUUGCUCUCUCUUUUUUCUUCUCUAGCUCUUCCUUCCCCCUUCUCUUCUGUUUUUUAAGUCCAAGUAUUGGUCAAACAAGAUGCAAUCCUCUGUUUUUUGUUCAGCAGACAAUCAUUUUAUUCGUAAAGCACCUUUCCCUCUCCACUGUCACUGCCUGUGUGGGUACUGGUUAUAAAUGUGGAAAAAGAAUAGUUAUGACUGUAACAGAUUUUUAUUUUUAUUUCAAAAUUUUAUAUGAAUUAUGUAUAUCUUAAUGAUUGGUCAUUUUCCCAGUUUGUAAUAUAUGUGUAGAAAUUGCCUGUAUAUAUUGCUUUUUCUCCUCUCCCUUUCUCUGUCUCUCUCCUCUCUCCUCUCUCCCUCCCUGCUGACCUCUUUCCUUUUGGGGGUUCUUUCUCCCACUCGGGGUUCCCUGCCGACUUGGGAGUCGAGACUGGCAAGGUGGCCAGGGUUUGGAAGAGAGAGGGACCCCGUCGCUAGCAAAAGCGGAGAGUGAGACCGUAGUAUUCUUAUGCAAAAGCUAUUCAAGUAUUUCCUAGCUGCUUUGGAGGUGUCGCUCACUCCCGUAGGGCGCUUUUACUGUUAUCUUAACUGUGUGUUUAUCUAUAUGUAAAAACUUUCUAAAGCAAAUACAGUAUUCUCCAUUU